AAGUGCGAAUUGGAGAGAGAUUUUUCUGCGUUUAUUGAUAUUGAGUUGAUUAAUAUUUCAAUUGAAUUUUAUUUAAUGAAAAUGAUUCAGAUAUAUCUGAAGUUAAUUUUUGUUCUUUGCUUAUUGAGGGGAGAACAUGGAUAUGAGACAAAACAUUCCAAUAAAAUGACUCGUUCGAAAGUCAAGAAAACUUUUGAUUUUAAUAUAUUCAAUGACGACAAAAAUGAACCUGAAGUCAGAGGAAAUUAUAUUUCUUCGGCACUGAAACAAAAACUUCUAAACUUUAUGAAGAAACAAAUCGAGAAAAGAAGAACCCAAUCCUCGAUGAGAGAGCCAAGUUCAAUCAUCAAUCAUUCAUAUGUUGCUGAUAACACUGUGGCAUCUUCAUCGUUUCGAAAAGCAUUUAUUAAUAGAUGGAUCCAGUAUUGGAACAAGUAUAAGGACAUAAAAAAUGAAGAAGAAAAAUUUCCUUCUAUUGAUUCAUUAUUUGAUGAUAAUCGAAGAAAAAAAUUCAACUUGAUUGUCAAAUAUGACAAUUUUAAAACUAAUUUGAAUAAGGAAAGGAAAUUCUUCAGAAAUAUCAACAAAGAACAUAAUAAAGAGGUGAAAAGUAAGAGGAAAGUUCUUUCUUUGUUUGACGUGAAUGAAGAUGAAAAACAAAAAAAACGAAUGAAACUCAAAAACAAAAUGAAAAAGACCAAAUCCAAAAUUAUUGCUCAAAUAGCUAAGAGUGAAAUACACCGAUGUAAAAGGGGAAAAUGUAUUUUUAAUUAUCCUCAACAUUAUUUCUUGACUCAAAACAGAAAUAUAAAGCUAAGGAAAUUCUACUCAUUUAACAAAAAACGAACUAAGUUCAAGAAGAAACAUAAAACAUCAAAUAGAAAACAACAAUUUCCACAGUUUAGACAUAAGAAAAGGAUUGGUAAACCAUUGAUUGUUCAUUCGAAGAACUUAAAAACUAGAUUUAAAACAAGAGUUAAGCAGAGUUUAGUAGAAUUGAAAAAGAAUCACGAAAAUCAUGACGAAACAUUUCAAGAUCCAAAAUAUAAAAAACUAAAAACAAUCGAAUAUAUAAUUGUAUCUCUGAUGAUGUUAUUUUGGAUUUUGAAAUCAUCCACAACCGGCUUCGUCCAGAAAAACAAAAGAACGUGGUGGAAGAAAACAUGAAAUCGACAGCAAGGCACUUGGAAAUGAUGCUUACAUAAAGAUGAAAACCCCCAAAGUGUGAUGCUUGCAUCUUUUCAACCCCACAGACCACGAAUUGUAAAAUGGAAUUCAAAAAUAUCAAUCAAAACUUUGUCGAGAAGAAUUUACCGAUUGCGACUUAAAAUAUUUCAAACGAAAUAAUUGACAAUAAUUUAACAUCUCGUAGAUAUUCGAAGAAGAUUCUUUUCCAAUAAAAGCCGUGUCUAAUGAUUUGAUAAAAGGAUCGAUUGAACUUAAAAUAUGAA